UAAGAAUGUUAUUUCAUUCUUUGAUAUUCGCGCCUUGUUUUUACGCGUGUACAAAAUUUUAUCUAAAAGAUGGCAACGGUCUGUCAACAGAAGUGCAAUUCUGUCUGUGGUCAUAUCUAUAGAUCAUUGAAUUUUGAAGACAGCUUAAAUUGUAAGAAAUGUUAUGAAAGUUAUGAAACUUGACAAAGAAUGUUAAGUGAUUGGGAAUAUUUACUGCGUUAUAGAAAACUAUAAUAUAUAUCAAAUUUGUGAUUUCGCACAUCUUUAUAGGAGUGUGACGUUUACCAAAAUGGCACUACAAGAAGAUGAAAACACCUGGGUGUUGGAGCUAGAAGCAGCUCUUCUUGAUACCGAAGCACCUUCAGCAUCUGAUAUUUACGCAAUUUGCAAAGGACAAGCAGUUCCCACAAGUUUAAGGCCAGAUGUAUGGCAGGCUUGUUUAGAUGUUAUUGAUCGGGGUAAUCAACUGAGUCACUUUAAUGAAGUUUUUGAUUUACCAGAACAAAAUAUUAUUCGUGACGAUUGUCAGCAAUUAGUUGCUAAACUUGGAAAUGAAGAUGAGGAUAAAGUUUCUGUUGUUUCUGAUUUAGAGUCUAUUUUAACAUUUUAUUGUAAAAGCAAAGGAAAGCAGUAUGAAAGAGGAAAUGGGUGGAUAGAAUUAUUGGGCCCAUUGAUAACUUUAAAACUCCCACGUAAUACAACAUAUAAUUUAUUUGAGUCUAUAAUUGAUAUUUAUAUUCCUAGAGGUGAGACAUACAGUUCUGUAUUGAGAUUGUUAUUACUUUAUCAUGAACCAGAACUAUGUUCUUUUUUGGAUACAAAAAGAGUAUCACCUGAUCAGUAUACAAAGGGAUGGGUAACCACUCUAUUUUCUGGAGUGUGUUCAUUGCCAGCUGUUUGUACAAUGUGGGAUUUAUAUUUUAUGCAAGCUGAUCCAUUUUUUAUGUUAUUUCUUUCACUUAUUAUGAUAAUAAAUGCUAGGGAGCAAAUUCUAAGUAUGAAAGACAAUGAUAAACAAAGUAUAAUAGAUGCAAUUGCUGCUAUGCCUUGUGCUUUGGAAGCAGAAGAUGUAACAGAUUUUUGUUCAUUAGCACAGUAUUAUGCGAUGAAAACACCGUCAUCUUUUAAACAUGAUUUAUAUCCUGUUAUGUUCGGCGAAAGUUUUGAUGAAAAGUAUAUAUCACACGCACUUUGCUUACCUGUAUCUGCCCAAGAAUUGGUUGAAAAUUCUAUCGAAAGUCCGUCCGUACCUAAUACCUCUGUUGAGUCUGUUAGAUUUUUUUUAGUGGAUUGUAGACCCGCAGAACAGUAUAAUGCAGGACACCUGCCAACUGCGUUUCAUUUAGAUUGUAAUUUGAUGCUUCAAGAACCUGCUGCUUUUGCCACAGCAGUGCAAGGUCUGUUGCAGGCUCAACGGCAGGCACUUGCUGUUGGUUCACAAGCUGGUGGAGAACAUCUUUGUUUCCUAGGAAGCGGUAGGCAAGAAGAAGAUCGUUAUACGCAUAUGGUAGUUGCAUCCUUUUUACAGAAGCAUACUCAGUAUGUCAGUAUGGUUACAUCAGGUUACCAAGCCAUACACGAAUAUUUUGGUGAUGAAGUUGUUUCUAGUCUUAUUGAUCAUAACUCACAAUAUUGUUUAGUAUGUAAUGCUAAUAUAUCCGAGACAAAUUCUAAUGAAACAAGUCCUAUUAAAGUAAAAAAUAAUAAUUCUGAUUUCCUUGGAAAAAUUAAGAAAGUGAAAGGAAAAUUAUUUGAUUACAUUGUUAAUCCUUCUGCAAGUGUCCAUACUAACUUGGAAAAUAGAAAUAGCAAAGAUUUAGAGUAUAUUAAACGACAAAAAAAGACGGCACCAGUAUUUAGUAUAGACGAUGAUCAAGAAUUGGAUAUGACAAUGACUAAUAACGAAAGCGAGGAACCUAUUGAAGUAGUAUCGAUUCAACAAUGGAUGAAAGAUCCAAAAUUAUUACAUUCCUUUAAGUGUCAAGAAGUAAAGGUUAAUGGAGAUCUCUGUGAUAGUAUACUUUUAGUUACCGAUACUCAUCUUAUAGUACUUCGAGAAAUACAAGAACGAAAGGGUGCAGCACACGUAAUUGUUAAACGUCCGUUAACGAGUAUCGUUAAAAUAACUUCUAGAAAGAGACAUUCAGAUUUAAUUACGUUUAAAUAUGGUACAACACAGUAUAAUGACACAGUCAUUUCAGAUAUGGACAAGUUUCUUAUUCCUAAUGCAAGCGAGGCUACUAAAUUAAUUACACAACAGAUUUUAAAACAAUUGAAAACGUCAAAUUAAUGUUGGAAUAUGAUAGCAUUAUGCACGAUGGUACACGUUUGAUAAAGUUCAAUUUAUUUUAGAAUGUUUUUAUCUAAUAAGUUUCAGGACCGAAAUUUUUUUAGUAUUCGCAACUAAAUGGUACUACAAAUGUAACGUAUUAUUCAUGAAGAUAGCAUGAAACAUUUUAAUAGUAAUUCGUACAAUUUCAUACAUGAAAAUAAUUUAUAUGAUGUAUCAUCAGUAACAGUAUGAUAGAUAUUUGUACUUGAAUUUUAAACAUUUUGUGAUUUUAUUAAUUCAUUAUUUACUCGAAUUAUAUUUACAUUUAUUGUAUUUCACUUUGCACUUUUAAUGUUCUUAAAGAUGUUCAACUUCUACGAAAACGCAUUUUCUGCAUUUCUUUUUUGUGAUAGUAUCAACAGUCAACAGUGUUUAAUUUUGUUUGUAUUUUACAUAUGGCUAAACGGUGGCCUUAUUAUAAAAAUGAAUAGGAGAGGUAAUGGACUCUGCAAAUUAUUCAUAAACGUGAAUACGACGGAAUGUAAUGUGCCAUGGACUAAAAUAUUACUGAUUUUUUUGUGUAAAUACCAUCAGUAGAAAUAUUUACAAUGAUUAAUAAUUCAUUCUUAAAUAGGACUAAAAAACUUUUAAUCAAAAACUAAUACAGUGUUUUAAUAUAUUAUAUUAUAUUUAUAUGUUAUAAUGAACUGAUAAUUGGUCCUAAUAUAAUACAAUUUGAAAGAUAUUACUGAAUGGUUAUAACGUUUGCAUUUUAUAGUGUAGUCUUGCACUAAAUGUCUACAAAAUAUUUAUAAUGGUACAAAAUACAUUGAAAAGUAAACAGUAAUAUCACUUUUACAGGCAUACCUAUUACACUGCCUGAUUAUAUUUCGAAGAAUUUUUAAACUUUAAGAUUUACGAUAUUUCGAAAAUAUAUUUGAAGAUCAUACAAAAUCUUUCAUAAGAAAACUAUCCGUCUUUUUCUGGAGUUUAUAUUUAAACUAAAUGAUAUGAUUCUUUUUUAAUUUAAUAACAGGAAUAUACUAAUGAUAGCAUAUUGAAAUUGGUCUCAUAAAUUUUUAUGCACAUGGUUGUACUGCUUUUUUAUAUAAUUCGAAACAAUAUUAUUUGCAACAAUUAUUAGUUUGUCUAUAGACUAUAAAUAUUUUAAUAUGGUUGUAAUUUCAUGUGUUCUCGCAAAUGAAUUAUUUAGAAAGUAUAAGUAUGUAUUUUAUGUUUGAAAUUAUAAAAAGGGUAAUUUCAAAUAUGAUAACUAAAUCUGUCAGAAUCUUCAAUCUUGUAGAUACUAUCAGCAUUGUGAAUAUUGUAAUAAUAGUGAUCUGUAACAUACUUUAUUCUUAUGUACAGUAAAUAAAUUUUCUAUUUAUGUGCUUCCAGCAUGAACGAUAAA